AAAAUGGUAGUUACUUUUCUUUCCAUUGAAAAUGAAAAAUGGCUGUGCGGGAGGAAGUAAAGAGCAACUGCUUGGUCUUCAUGUGUUAGCUGAUAUAAAAAUGUCCGCUUUCUUCUUCAUUUGCACCAUUAAAACAUUCAAACCACAACGGCAAUGAGAGUACCUCCGGUGACGUCCGAUGACACCCGCAAGGCGGCCCUCGCCGGCGGAGGAUACCGGGAUGCCGAAUCCCUCUUCCGAACCAAGCCCAUUUCGGAGAUCCGGAAGGUGGAAUCUUCCACCCGAGAUUUCAUCCACCAGAAGCAAGAAGAGCUCCGCCUCCUCGUUGGGACCCGUUACCGGGACCUCAUUGACUCCGCCGACUCCAUCGUCCUCAUGAAGCGCUCCUCCCAAUCUAUCUCCUCCAACCUCUCCAACAUCCACUCUGCCAUUUCCUCUCUCUCCGAAGACCACCCCUCCGCCACCGCCACAGCCACCGCCGUCACAACCCCUCGCGACCCAUCUCGUUCCCGGAUCUACGGCGUGGCUUGCCGGGUCAAGUACCUCGUAGACACCCCCGAGAACAUCUGGGGCUGCCUCGACGAAUCCAUGUUCCUCGAGGCCGCAGCUAGGUACGUUCGUGCCAGGCACGUACACCUCCGUCUCGACGGUGAUUCUGAUCACCGGAGGUUUCUAUCCAAUUUUCCUCUGCUCCAGCAUCAGUGGCAGAUCGUUGAGAGCUUCAAGACCCAGAUCUCACAGCGUGCCAGAGACAGGCUCUUCGAUCGUGAUCUGGGGAUUGCUUCCUACGCUGAUGCCUUGGCUGCCGUUGCCGCCAUUGAUGAUUUAGUUCCGGAUCAAGUUCUGGGUCUGUUCCUGGAUACCAGGAAGGCCUGGGUUUCGCAGACGUUGGGUGGCUGUCCUCUUAAUGCCGAUUGCUCUGAGGUCAUUUCCGUGUUCUGUGAGGCGUUGAGAAUAAUUCAGGUGAGCGUUGGGCAUGUGGGUGAGCUAUUUUUGCGAGUAUUGAAUGAUAUGCCAUUGUUCUAUAAGGUGGUGUUAGAUUCUCCUCCUGCAUCCCAACUGUUUGGCGGAAUUCCCAACCCGGAGGAGGAGGUAAAGCUUUGGAAUUCCUUUAGAGAUAAGUUAGAGUCUGUCAUGGUAAUGCUGGAUAAGGAUUACAUUGCCAAGGUUUGUUCUUUUUGGUUGAGGGAAUGUGGAAGAGAGAUGGUGGAUAAGAUCAAUGGAAGAUUUUUGAUUGAUGCUGUGGGAAGUGGAAGAGAGCUUGCUUCUGCUGAGAAGUUGAUAAGGGAGACGAUAGAAAGCAAAGAAGUGUUGGAAGGAAGUUUGGAAUGGCUUAAGAGUGUUUUUGGGUCCGACAUUGAGUUGCCAUGGAGUCGAAUGCGUGAGCUUGUUCUAGGAGAUGAUUCUGAUUUAUGGGACGAAAUCUUUGAAGAAGCAUUUGUUGGAAGGAUGAAGGUGAUUGUAGAAUCAAGGUUUGUGGAACUCUCAAGAGCAAUGAAGGUGGCAGACACCAUUCAGGCAAUUGGGGAUGGUUCCAGUGUGGAUUUUAUUGGGUACUUGAAUCGUCCUUCGACUGGCGGUGGUGUUUGGUUCAUAGAUUCUACUACUAAGAAGGCUUCUGCAUUUGAUAAUGAAUUUCGGAGUUGUCUUAAUGCAUAUUUCGGUCCUGAGGUUAGUCGGAUCAGGGAUGCUGUAGAUAGUUCUUGUGAGAGUGUUGUUGAGGACUUAUUGAGUUUCCUGGAUUCUCCAAAGGCAUCCCCUAGAUUAAAGGAUCUGGUGCCCUACGUACAAUCUAAGUGUUUUGAGAGUAUGUCCACCAUUUUGACUGAGGUUAAGGGUGAACUUGAGAAUUUGUUUGCCGUCAUGGAAAGCAGCAAAGAAAGGGACGGUCAGGCUGUUGAGAGAGCCCUUUUCAUAGGGAGAUUAUUGUUUGCAAUCCAGAGCUACUCCAGGCAUAUUCCGGUGAUACUUGGUCCUCCAAUGUUUUGGAUUAAUGGAACUGUGUCUGCCAUUUUUGACAAGUCACCUUCUUCGUUGAGGUUAUCUAGAACUGCUGCUGCUGCUGAUUCUCCUCUUUGUGAUAGCCCCGGAAGGCAAGCGCCCUUAGCCUCUAGAAGACAAACUUCAUCUGUUACUUCUGCAUUGCUUGGAGCUGGUGAAACUGCAAGCCCAAAACUUGAAGAACUUAAUACGACUUUACGGGAUCUUUGCAUUAGAGCUCACAGCUUGUGGAUCUCAUGGUUAUCUGAUGAGCUUUCGGUUAUUCUAUCUCAUGAUCUUGGACGAGAUGAUGCUUUGUCAUUGACAACUCCCUUAAGGGGCUGGGAAGAGACUGUUGUCAAGCAAGAGCAGUCACAUGAUAGUCAAUCAGAGUUGAAAAUAUCACUUCCUUCCAUGCCUUCUCUGUAUAUUGUCUCAUUUCUAUUUCGUGCAUGUGAAGAAGUUCAUCGAAUUGGAGGUCAUGUACUUGACAAGACAAUUAUGCGUAAAUUUGCUGAGAGACUGUUGGAAAAGGUUAUUGGCAUUUAUGAGGAUUUUCUCUCUUCCAGAGAAGCUGGUGGAUCUGAACUUUCUGAAAAAGGAGUGUUGCAGGUUCUGUUAGACUUAGGGUUUGUUGCUGAUGUUCUUUCAGGAGGUGAUCCCAAUAUCACUGAGGAGUUAUCUAGAGUUCCAAGAGUCAAAAGUCCUUUCAGACGGAAACAUGACAAGAGCCAUACAAAAUCAGUCGUUAGAGACCAUGUUGAUGGGAUGAUCAAUCGUCUUUCACAGAGAUUGGACCCCAUAGACUGGCUUACGUAUGAGCCAUAUCUCUGGGAGAAUGAAAGGCAAUCAUACCAACGACAUGCAGUCCUUUUUGGAUUUUUUGUGCAACUUAAUCGCUUGUACACAGAUACUGUUCAGAAACUGCCAACUAAUUCAGAGUCCAAUAUCAUGAGAUGCUCUUCAGUUCCUCGCUUCAAAUACCUUCCUAUCAGUGCACCCGCAUUGUCUUCACGGGGGACAGCUAAGAUAUCUACUCCAACAUCUGUUGAUGGUAUCGCUUCAAGGAAUUCCUGGAAAGGUUAUAGAAAUGAAGAGUUUUCCAGAAAGAUGGAUUUAGAUGACAACUCCAGUUUUGGGGUUGCAACACCAUUCCUAAAAUCUUUCAUGCAGGUUGGAAGCAGAUUUGGAGAGAGCACACUGAAACUGGGAUCCAUACUGACAGACGGACAAGUGGGUAUAUUUAAGGAUAGAUCAGCAGCUGCAAUGUCAACAUUCGGAGAAAUUCUACCUGCCCAAGCUGCAGGUCUUCUUUCCUCCUUCACAACAUCCAGAUCAGACUCUUGACUGCCUGUAGAAUAGUUGGUUUUGGUUUUGCUUUCAUUGCAAUGGAGAAAGCCUAUUCAAACCUUUGAAUGGACAUGAUGGACUAUGAAGCACAACAGUGAUGAUCAUCUGAAUUCAAGUGGAAAAGGGUAUAUAAAUGACAAACAGGAAUUUAAAAAUUUAUAUAUGGAAGGGACUGAAGGGAUUGAGGUGCUAUAAAAAUUAUGUAAAUGAAGAAAAUGACAAAAGGAAAUGUCAUAACAAGUAAGUAAUGGCUAAAAGAAUUUGUCAGAAGGUGUCUUUUUUCCUCAGGUUACGUGGAGUCAGAAGUGUAUGAUUAUAGAAAUCAUUACCUUUGCCAGAAAUAUUUUGCAGAGAAAAAGAUUUGGUGCUUUGGGAACUGAAGUUAUAUUAAGUGAAGCUUCACACAAGCAAAAGAUAUGUGGUUUUGAGGUGAAGCUCCUACUUUAUGUUAUAGGCUUCAGCUCAGAAGAUGAGGUAUAAGAGCUUUCUGGUUUUCAGGUUCUAAUUGGAUUUCGUAAGUUCCAUGUGGCUUUUCUUACAUUUCAAUUGUUUAAUGUUUAUAGUGAUUGCUCUAAAUUGUCACAGAAACUGAAAAAGAAGGUGUUUUGUUAUAAACAGAAAUACAUUAUAAAAACAGAAAUGAGAACGAAAGAACGCAAAAUGGACAGAAAAAGAAGCUUUAAGCGAACUUUUUACAAUCAAGUUUCAUUUUUUCAUAAAUGUGUA